AUGAAUAAUGCACCGCAGUUCUCAUUGCGCUGGAAUAAUUACGUAUCUCACGUAACAGAAGCGUUCAAUGUCCUCCGUUUUGAAAACGACCUAGUGGAUGUGACACUCUGUUGUGAUGGAGGUAAAAUCAAAGCGCAUAAAAUGUUGUUAUCCGCCUGUAGUAGUUACUUUAAACAGAUAUUCAAAGAGAACCCGUGUCAACAUCCUGUAAUAAUAUUCAGGAACUUCAAAUUCGAGGACCUCAAUGCAAUUAUCAACUUCAUGUACCAUGGUGAGGUGAACAUAUUUCAAGAACAGUUGGAAUCAUUCCUUAUUACUGCUGAGCUUUUAGAGGUUAAGGGUUUGACUGAUAACUUGGAGGAUGAAUCAUCUAAAGCACAGCUGCGGAUUACAGACAACACCUCUUUAGAUUUAAGUUCCAAAUCGAGUAGAAUGACUGAUGAUAUUGUGCCUGUUUUAUCUGAUGAACCAAUAAACUUAGCUACUAUGCAGACUACUAGGGAAGAGUACAACAUUCCACAACCUGUGUCAAUGACCAGCAAUCUAAAUAGAGGUAUUCCAGAACAAGAGAAUGGCAAUGUUGAAAUGCAACCGGAACCUUCAAAGUCUGACGAUAAUGUUAAAUUGAAAACAACACCAUCUAGUGGUGAAGAGAUGCAAAUUGAUACACAGUCUACUUCUGUUGAGGAUUUGUCAGAAAAAACGAAUUCUGAAUCAGAACUUGCAAAAUUCCGAUGCCAACUGUGUCCAAAAGGUUUCAAGCACCCUACAUCACUGACUUUGCACAAGGACUCUCAUGCUGGAAAAACACAAUGCCCUGUCUGUCACCGAUCAUUUUCACGUUCAUAUGAUAUGAGGAGCCAUCUGCAAAGGAUACACCAAGGAAAACAAUUGACAAUUAAAGAAAUCAGAUACAAGAAUACAAAUGAUAGUGUCGCUCCGAAGCAGUUUACCCAUCAUAUUUAG